GUGCAAAUUUACUUUGUAUCAAAUUUAGGCAUUUCGAGAGAACGAAACAACUUUAGUUAAUGUUGAAGGUACGCCAGCUGCUGACGUGAUUGUUGCAAAUUUGCAACAACUCACCGACUUCCAGCACGAGGUGAUGCAGGUGGCCCAGGAGACGCAUCACUGCAUCGAGCAGUGCAUACAGUUUAAUCGUGCGCGCGGAAAGGCUUUAGUUGCAAUACAAAAAAUACAAAAGGAAGAGGCCGAGCUGCUUCGUAUGAAUACCAUCCCGACAACUCUCGAGGAAGCGUUGGCUGCUCAGAAUAUUCACAAGGAUUUCCAGCAGUCUGUCGAGGUUUGUUUCCAGUGA